AUGAUCGCCACGCCAACUCGCACCACGGCCACGGUCAGCCCUCUCACCCCGCUAGCCAAUGGCAGUGUGGCUGCUCAGUCUGCUCACUCUGGAUUCGCUGCCGCCCUCCGUCAAUUGGCCAAACAGGCUGAAGAUCCCAGAGGUUCUUCUCCCAGUAGUGAGUCUUCAGUCUCCUCUCCAGCCACCUGUCUCAGUAAUUCAGUCACCACUCCUAAGAGGGGGUUGUCAGGGCCACUCCAGACCUCAAGUGGGGUAGACAGCCUUCCCUCCACCCCUCCUGUAGUCACCAUCGCCCCAAUUCACAGCAAGACCAGCAACAUUCUCUGGAUAGGAGAAGGGCACCAGGCUGAGUCAGGUGUUUGUGGAGUGAGUAGGGAGAGUGUUGGGUCUGAGCUCAGCCCUACCCAGGAGAAAGGAGGUUAUCCUGUCCCCUCUCCUCACGUCUUGGCUCACCCCUCUUACCCCUUCAGCCUCACCCCCAGCUCUGUCAUGCAGGACCGGCGACUACAGGGCCUUAGUCUACCCGGUCAGGUACACCCUGCGGUUCCCUCGGGGACGGUCCCAGAGGAGUACCUGAGAGGACUCCGCCCCUUUGCUACCUCAGACGACCUCCGCCUACCCUCGCUGCACCUGGGGCUCGACCCCGUCACUGCUGCCCAUGUUACUGCUGCCUACUACCACCCUGCCUACCUCCACCACCUACACAGGAUGGAGGAGUCUCUGUGUCUGUCUGCACUGCGCUCUCAGUUCUACUCUGUACCAGCAGGCGGAGCCUUCUCUACCCUCCACCCCUCUGCCCUCCACAUGCACGUGCCUGGGGCAUGCUACCCUGGGGAGCUCAGCCACACACACAGCGCAAUAGCUGAGAGACUACAGAUGGAGGAAGACCUUCGCCAACGAGAGAAACAGAGGGAGCUUGAGCUGGAACGGGAGAGAGAGAGGGAGCGGGACAGAGAGAGAGAAAGGGAGCGAGAAAGGAAGAGGGAGAGAGAGAGGCAGAGGGAGAAAGAGAGGCAGAGGGAGAUGGUGAAAGCGGUGGGGACCCAGUACCUUGCUGGACUGAAGGCUCUCACGGCUCCGCCGGAGGACAGGGUCUUACCUGGGGAGAGACUGACACCCAAAAGACUGGGUAAGCCCCCCCUCCCUGCCCUCCCAGUCCCUAAACCUCUACAGCCAGACCUCCAGUCCUCCAGGGGGUCAGCCUCUCACCCCAUUCCCACCCUGGUGCCCUCUCAGAUGGGGAAUGCACACACUGCCUCAGCCUCUAUCGGGGGGCUCCAUGGAACACUGGCCUCUGCAAUGAAGCUCCAACAGGCCAAUGGGGAGAAUCUCUGGUUGUCAAAUCAGCGCCGGCAGGGGCAGGAGAGUGAGGCGUGGUCACCUGGGGAAGGGGUGGAGCCUAGGAGACACAGCUACAGGUCCAACGCCAGCCAGCGUGACCCAGGCAACAGAGAGUCUCAACCCCACCUAGGAGCCCCACCUCCACUCAUCUCCCCCAAAGCUCACCCUCACCUCCUCCCCCACCCCCCUGUCCCUCCCACCACCCUCUGGAACCCUGCCUCUCUCACAGAGACCCCCGCAGACCCUCGUCGCAGGUUUGACUCCCCUAUUCCCCCCUCCCGCCCUCCUCCUGGUCUGACCAGAGCUGAGUGGCCCCCCAGCUGGGAGCGGGGGGAGGAGGGAUGCAGGAGGACGGGGGAGGGUCCAGAGAGGUUCUCCUUCAUCAGGGGACCCGUUCUGCAGGUUUCUGGCCUCUGGAGCAUGGCUGAGCUUGAAAGAUCCACUCACAGUAACCACCACCAUAACCACCUCCACCAGCAGGGCUCACUGCUUCUGUCCUCCCCCAGCCCCAGCUCUGACCUGGGGGUUCAGCGCCCGUCCAGCUCCCCCUCUCCCUCCAGGGACCUCCAGAAGUCUGAGCGGCCAGGCCAGGAGCCUCAAAACCCAGUGGUGUACGAUAAGAUCCUUCAGCAGCAGCACAGGCUGGUCAGCAAGCUGGAUCUGGAGGAGAGCAGGAGGAGAGAGGCCAGGGAGGGAGGGUAUUACUAUGAUCUAGAUGACUCGUAUGAUGAGAGUGAUGAGGAGGAAGUGAGGGCCCACCUCAGAAGGGUUGCAGAGCAGCCCCCCCUAAAACUAGACACAUCCUCAGAGAAGGUGUGUUUUCUGCAUGUGUGUGGCCUGACCACGCUGGCCCAUCGUGACCAGCUGUUUCAUCAGAAGAGGAGGAAGAGGAGGAGGAUGCUGAGAGAGCGCAGCAACUCCCCUCCUCCUGUACAAGGCAAGAGGAAGACCCCUUGUUCUACUGUGGCACCCGUUCCCCCCCUCAGCACCACUCUCACCCCUGAAGAGAUGAACUGCUUCCCCCAACUGGAGGACAAGAAACACUUCCUCAACAUGCUUAGCCUGUCCCAUGUCACGAGCCAGCAGAGGAGAGAUAAGGAAAAGAUGGAGGGGUUGCUGAAGGCUAUAAAGCUAAAGAGUGUGACAUUGGACACCAUCAGAUACAACCCAUUACCCCUCUGUAGCAGCACUCCUGUUCUCUCAACUGCAGACUACACACCUGACCUCCCAGCCUGCAAGUCAAACGGUCUACACUACCCAGACUCCCCAAGCCCCUUGCCCCCCUACCCCCACCAUCCCGACAAACUUCACACAGACCCACUAAACCCCCAACCCCCUCCACCCUGCCACCCCCCUCCCCUGGGCCUCCACCCCGACAGGGCAGGACUGUGCGAACGUCACCCAUCUAAGAGGCUCCAAGGUCUCCAGAUCGGAGCGGGCCACCUUGGCCAUCCUCCCCAACUGAAGGUGCCCCUGGCUGGGCAGAAUGGGCAGAACAAGCCCUGGGAAAGAUUCAUCCGGGAGGACUUCGCCCAACACUUCCACCAGGCUGUGUUGCAGUCUACCCACAAGACACUGGGUAGCUCCAUAUGCGUUCCAGAGUCCAGUAUAAAGUCUGAGCCCGAGCCCUCAGCGCCCUACAACAUCCCCCCUCUGAAGAGACCAGACCCCCUCCACACACCUCCACACCCCACCAAUGGGCAUCAUCCCUACCCUUCUCCACCCCACCAUGACCCUGAUGGCGUACGGGUUGAGCGCUCAGAGGAAGAUGAGGAAGAGGAGGAUGAAGAGGAGGACGAAGAAACCCCUAGGAAGUGGAAGGGCAUAGAGUCAGUCUUUGAGGCGUAUCAGGAGUAUGUGGAUGAGCGGGGUAUGGAGAGACAGGUUCUCCACAGUCAGUGCAGGAGGCUGGAGACUCAGAACUACACUCUCCGUCUGACAGCUGAACAACUCUCACACAGCAUGGCGGAGCUGCUGAGUCAGAGACAGAGGGUGAGAGAUGAGAGAGAGCGACUGCAGGCUCAGCUAGAGCACUUCAGGAAGUGUCUGACCCUUCCCAACGUGCACUGGGGCAAGGGGCAGCUCAAAGGUCGCCUCCCCCGGUGA